UUGGGCAAACUGACAGAGCACUUCUGCUAAGCUCUGGCCCUGAAGGAAACUCCAGAGGUGGAUAACAGGAAGUGUGUGCUGGGUUUUUCUGUGCAUAGCCCUUAUAUAAUGGCUGUUAAACUUCUAAGAUAUUCGUAACGUUGUACCUACUUUUCGUUAAGCCGUUAAACCAGAAAUUCUCAUAUAAUCCUUUUAAAGAUUAACCUGGUCACACGUUUGGAAUCGAAAUGAAGAGAUUAUGUGGUUUUCUGUUGCCUUUCGGGGCACUAAGUAGCAGCGCAUAAGUUAUGGGUUUGUCCACCACACACGUUAGACGAUUCCAGGGGGGGGUUUGUGUUUAACCCAGUUGUUUUUUCUCUUGCAGGUGUCCCAAGAAUCGAAUUGUGCCACCGUCACACUUUGAUGAAAAUGAGACCUUUGGCAGCCCUGCUUGUGACGCUCCUACCCGUGAUGCAAGCCGCUUGUCCAGAUCACGAGUCCGGCCUGAAUCCAUGGAAUCCUGGACAUAACGAAGCACACCGGGUCUCCAUUGGCUACGGCCAAAGAGUCGUCCUUGCAUCCUCAGCCACAGUCCAUUCCAUCGAGAUACUCGACGGAGGGAAGCUUGUGAUAGCAGACACCGGCCAGCCGAUCGUUCUACGGACAAAGCACAUUCUUAUUGGGAAGCAGGGCGAGCUCCACGUCGGCAGCCAGGAUUGUCCUUACAAGGGCAACCUCACCAUAGUUCUGUACGGCAGGUCUGAUGACACUGACAUAGAGCACAGCUACUUUGGACGAAAGUACAUUGGGGUCGGCACAGGCGGUACCCUGGAAAUUCAUGGGGAGAAGAAGCUGUCGUGGACGUUCCUAAACAAAACCCUCCGACCCGGGGUGGCCAACGAGGAGACCUGUCACUUUGAGAAGGGAUGGGGCAACCGGGGGAUCAUCGUGCACGUAGUGGAUCCCAAAACGGGGGGGGUACUGCACACUGAUAGGUUUGAUACAUACAGGAGCAAGAACGAGAGCCAACGCCUGGCCCAGUAUGUGGAUCUGGUACAGGAGGGCCUGAUACUGGCCAUGGUGGUGAAUGAUGAAGGUUCCAACAACCUGGAGGACUCAGCUAAGAAGACCUUGGCCGCACUUGGCAGCCAGCACUUCCACAGCCUGGGAUUCCGUCAUCCUUGGAGUUUCAUCACGGUAAAAGGGGAGCCGUCAUCCUCUGUAGAAGAUCACGCCGUCUACCAAGGAACCAAGGCCUCGUCAGAGGCGAGGAGCUCCCGGCUAUUCCAGCUGGGAUACGGGGAGUACUUUACCAUCACGGGCAGAAGCCAGUGGGUACAAGAGGCAGAGUGGAGCGAGUGGUUUGACAGGGAUGAUGAGCGCGGUUCGGGGGACUGGGAGAAGCUGACAGAGCUGCGUAGGGUCUUCCCGGACCGUGUGUGCAGCAGCCCCUUGGACAUGCAGGCCGAGACUCACGAUGGAAUCCCUUCAAAUUUAACGCAGGAGGUGUUCCACAAGCACGACAAAGAUUACGGCUUGGUGUGUCUCAACAGAGAGCAGCCAGAUGGGAUCUGCCACAACUACAGAGUUCGCUUUCUUUGCGGAAAACUUGUGAGGCCACAUGCAUCUGUCACCAUUGAAAGCCACUCCAACACCAGCAUACUGGACCUGGUUGAUGACAACAGCAGCUGGAAGCCGGGAGACACGGUGGUGGUGGCCAGCACAGACUACUCCAUGCACCAGGCCGAAGAGUUCCUCAUCCUGCCCUGCCGGACAUGUGCCAACAGCCAGGUCAAAGUGCAAGGCAAGCCGGCCUUCGUCCACAUGGGGGAGGUGGUGGACGGAGUGGACAUGAGGGCGGAGGUGGGCCUGCUGAGUCGCAACAUCCUCAUCAGGGGGGAGAUGGAGGACGGCUGCUACGGCAGCGAGGCCUGCAAGUUCUUCCAGUUCGACACUUUUGGGGGGCACAUAAAGGUGGAGCGUGGAUUCAAAGCCAUGCACAUGCAGGGGGUGGAGCUUCAGCACAUGGGCCAGCAGUCCAUGGGUCACUACCCAGUGCACUUCCACAUGAAUGGAGACGUGGACGAGCGCGGGGGCUACGACCCAGCCACCUACGUACGUGACCUGUCCAUCCACCACACGUUUUCUCGCUGCGUGACCAUCCACGGCUCCAACGGCUUGCUGGUGCAGGACGUGGUGGGUUACGACGCCCUGGGCCACUGCUUCUUCACGGAGGACGGUCCCGAGGAGAGGAACACCUUCAGCCACUGCCUGGGGCUUCUGGUGAAGGCGGGAACCCUGCUGCCUUCUGACCGUGACAGCCGCAUGUGCCGGGACAUCACCGAGGGCACCUUCCCGGGCUACGUGCCCAACCCGCGCCAGGACUGCAGUGCCACUUCCACGUUCUGGAUGGCCAACCCCAACAACAACCUCAUCAACUGCGCUGCUGCAGGCUCUGAGGAGACAGGGUUCUGGUUCAUCUUCCACCAUGUCCCCACCGGCCCCUCAGAGGGCAUGUACUCACCUGGGCACACAGAGCACACCCCCCUGGGCCUCUUUGUCAAUAAUCGGGCCCACUCGAACUACAGGGCUGGAAUGAUUCUCGACAAUGGGGUGAAAACCACUGAGGCCAGUGUCAAAGACAAACGGCCGUUUCUUUCCCUCAUAGGGGCCAGGUACAGCCCUCACUUGGACGCUGAUCCCUUCAAGCCCAGGGUCCCGGCCCAGAUCCACCAUUUUGUGGCCUACAAGAAUCAGGACCACGGAGCUUGGCUGCGGGGCGGGGAUGUUUGGCUGGACGACUGCCAGUUUGCUGACAAUGGAAUUGGCCUGACACUCGCGAGUGGAGGGACUUUCCCCGAUGACGACGGGUCGAGACAGGAGGUGAAGAACUCCCUGUUUGUGGGGGAGAGCGAGAACAGGGGCAUGCCUGACCUAGACACUCACAUCUGGGGUCCUGGUGGAGCAGACCUGAAUGACAGGACCGUACCCAAAGGAGUUGACUUCCCCAUCCGAGGCAUGCAGAUCUACGACGGGCCGAUAAACGUGCAGAAUUGCACCUUCCGGAAGUACGUGGCCCUGGAUGGGCGCCACACCAGCGCCUUGGGCUUCCGGCUGAACAACUCCUGGCAGAGCUGCCCCAACAACAACGUGACCGACAUCACGUUCGACAACGUGCCGAUCACCUCGCGGGUCUUCUUCGGAGAGCCGGGUCCCUGGUUCAACAAGAUGCAGAUGGACGGCGACAAGACCACCAUCUUUCAUGACGUGGACGGCUCGGUCAGCGAGUACCCGGGUGCCUUCCUGGUGAAGGAGGACAACUGGCUGCUGCGUCACCCGGACUGCAUCGAGGUCCGAGACUGGCGGGCGGCCAUUUGCAGUGGUCACUUUGCCCAGCUUUAUGUUCAGACGCGCGACCCAGCCAGCUUGAGCAUGACGAUGGUGAAGGACGAAUACCCCGAGCGGCCUCUGGUGCUGCAGGGAGCUCUGGGGAAGAGGAGCCACUACCAGCAGUUUCAGCCAGUGGUGAUGCUGGCCAAGAGCUACACGGUGCACUGGGACCGGGCCGCACCAGCAGAGGUCACCGUGUGGCUCAUUAACUUCAACAGAAAUGACUGGAUCACCUUGGGCUUCUGCUACCCCAAAGGAACAGACUUCACCAUCAUUUCAGAUAUUCACAACCGCCUCACCAAACAGACCCGCAAGACUGGAGUCUUUCUCCGGACCCUUCAGAGGGAGAAGAUGCAGCAUUCACAGCAGACCCGGGGUUACUACUACUGGGAGGAGGACACUGGGCUCCUUUUCCUGAAGGUCCAAGCCCACAAGGAGCGGGAAGAUUUCGCAUUCUGCUCUGUGAAAGGCUGCGAGAGGAUCAAGAUCAAGGCCAUCAUUCCGAAGGGCAGCGGGCCCAGCGACUGCAGGGCAGCAGCCUACCCCAGACAUGCUCAACUGCCCAUCGUGGAUGUCCCAAUGCCCAAGAAGCUGCCUGCCAGCCAGCUGCAGGACUCGGAGCACUUCCUGGAGGUCAAGCUGAAGUCCUUCAAGACCCGCUUCUUCCACAUCAAGGAGGACUUCACCUACAUUGAGGUCAGUGGAAGGAAGAUGUACCAGGCAGAAAAUGGGAUUCGUCUAGUCGUGGUGGACGGCCAUCGUGGCAAAGUGUUGGACAGCAAGAGCUUCAGCAGCUACCUGCUGCAGGGCGUGCCAGCACAGAUCGAGCGCUACGUCGGCAGCCUCCAGAACGGGUCGAUAGUGCUGGUCAGCUCUAAAGGACAGCGCGUUACCCGCGGACGCUGGACCAAGGUGCUCGAGGAUCUCGGAGCAGACAGGAACGUCAGACUGAAAGAGAAACUGACGUUUGUGGGCUUCAAGGGCGAUUUCCAGCCUGACUGGGUGAGGCUGGUGACAGACGAGGACGAGGCUGAGAUCCAUCAGGUGCUGCCCAUUCCAGUGGUGAGGAAGAGGAGGUUAUGAGGCCUGAGCCAGGAGGAGGAUGCACCUCCACGGUCGCCGCUGUCCAAGUGCACAAUGCGAGAAGUGAGGACUGUAAGAGGCCUGCGGGCAGGACAUCCUCAGGCCAGAGAGCUCACAGGGGUGACUUCCCAGAUAGGAGCCAUGUUUGUACCAAGUGUGGAUGUGAAUGGUAUUCAUUAGGAAAACAUUCCCUGUUUUUGUCUCAGUGAUGUCUUCUGUCCCCAGUUCCAGUGGAGAGUUCCCUUAUACUGUUAAAGGUUUCAUGCUUUUAAUAUGUAAUAUGUGGUGUUUUUUUUCCCCAGGAUUCUCGAAGUGUGAUUCUUUUGUAAAUGUUAUAAACCAGCAAACAUGAAAUGGAGGCUUCAGGGUGAUCUUAACCGGGAAACGGAAUUUGUACAGAUGGCUUCCCUUCGAAAGGACAGCAUUGAGGGGGCACCUUGGUCAGAAUACGAGAAGUGAUGUUCCCAGUUUCACAGGAAUUGCCAUUCCGGCCACCUCUUGCCGAAAUAGCUGGCCUUUUUUCGGAAAUUGACCUCAAAGUCAGUGUUUUGUACGUUUUUGUGUUUCAAAAACACUUCAGAAUAUAUAUCAGAAAAUAACUUUUAUACUUAUUUAUUGUACAGACACAAGCCUGUAACUGCUCACUGGGAACAUUCUUUAACCUGUAAAGUUUACCGAGGGCGUGCCAUCUGAAAAUCAAUAGAGCUUAAUUCCUAAGACACAUUAACGGAGAGGAAUUAGUGUGAAAUGCAACACGCAUAAACAUCAAGUUGUAUAUCAGAUUUGUGGGUUUUUGUUUAAAAAGAAACCACGUAAUGUGUAUUUAGUAAUGUGAAUAAAGUGUUUGAGAACAAAUCUGUAUCUAUGUCCCACCCUGUCUAAAUGUGAACCUGGGGGAUCGACUGGUGCUCUAAACAUCAUGUCUUUGUACAUUGCAUUCCCUUAAAUUUAACUGUAAUCUAGUAGGAUGAUCAGAAACCAUAAGACUUGACCAUUCUUGACCUUUCGUUUGACGAUGACUAAAGUCAGUGGGUUGGCGGACCACAAUCAACCGAACCAUGUCAGUGUGGUUUCUGUUCAGAGCGCAAAUGUACAAAUGACUUUGCUCAAAUAAAUUCUUUUUAAAAUGA